GAGAUGCGACUGGCCAGGGAGGAGACCAGACCAGACCAGACCAGAGGAGCACAUAGAUCUGCGUUGACUUCCUCCUACUCGGGCGACGACUGGGGACCGCGGACUGCAGUAAAAGUGCUGUUUAGAAUCUGAUUGAGAUUUCAGUUCGCUGGGAGACGAUCGUCGAACGAGACCGUAGCUGAAUUUUCAUGUCGCGCUGUGGCUAGACAUCAGGAAAAUAUAUAUAUCCCUAUAUAUGUAUAUUCAUGUGCUACCAGCUGGCAGUGGCAGUUUUGAGUGCGGCAAGUCGCGUCAAGUGAAAUCGAAUUAUAUGAAAUAGGAACCCAAUCAAGCUUAGAGAGACGAUUAAGUGACGGCAAAACCCAGACGAAAAAUCGACCAAGAUGACGACCCACCAGUUGCUAAACAAGAAUGUUCGCACCAUGCCCUCCUGGGUGACGGAGGCAAAUGACCGCAUUGGGCCUAAACCACCACCCACUCCACCAAACGGGGUGGCUGGCGGUCUUCCCAAGGCGCCUGCCCUGCCGCCCAAGGCGAAGAGUACGCCCGAACCGGACUACGAGAUCAUCGAGUUCUCCAGUCAGCAGUACUCCAACGAACCGAUGAAGACCACACUGAUCAGAACCAAGACGCCAGACAACAAGCUGAAGUGCACCUUGUGUGGUUCCCAGAAUCCCUGGGUAACCUGUGCCGAGUGCGCGGGCCAGAUCUUUUGCGCCUCCUGCGACGACAUGUUCCACAAGCAUCCCAAACGCAAGCAGCACGUGCGAAAGGCAAUGGAGCAGGGCACACCGCCGAUUCCGCCGAAGGCACAGGCCGGUGGUGGGGCACCACCACCAGUGGCGCCUCCACGACGCACCAAGCGAGGCCUGUUGACACCGUUUCUGGGCCGCAAGGAUCAGAUGCUGCCGCCGCCCUCGCCCACGCCCUCGCACAAGUCGCUGGGCGGCUGGCGGGGAUCGCUCGGGGGCGGGGCCACGCCCCCAGUGCCUCCAGUAGCCACCAGCUCAGUCAGCCAGAUGAACAACCGACCACUGCCAGAUCCACCGCGCAGCGAGGGCGGGGGAUCUUCUAGGUCGGGCACCCCCAAGUCCGUGUUCGACACCAUCCAGCGUCCGCCGUCGGUGCAGCUGGAGAAGAUCAAGAGCAAGGCCAGCGCCACUUUGGACCGCAUGGCCAUACUGCAGCAGCGGUACCGCCAGCAGAAGGCUCGCCAGGAUCUGAGCGCCAACAGCGAACAGCAUUUGUCGAAUGGAGCCGGCUUCGAGCACUGGUCACACAUUUCACCAUCGCCCUCGCAUUUUCGUUCCGGCAGCAUGUCAUCUGGUCUGAACUCAUCCCAUUUCGAUCUCUCGGAUGACUCACAAUUUCACAAUUCCUUGCUGCUCCAACAACGACAGGCGGCCGGCGCCCAGCGGCGGCAGAUGAGCACCUCGGUGUUCAACCUCAACUCCAGUCCACGUCGCCCACUGGCCGAAGCCCAGAACGGAAGCGCCUGGCUCGCGAAUCAGCGCAUCCAGCAGGCCCAAUCAAUGGCGCAGCUGAACUGCGCCGGAUGUCAGCAGAGCCAGCAGCAUCCCGGCUGGCCACAGCAUCCACACCACGCACAUCCUCAGCACCAGCACCCCGAUCAGUGGUCACAGUUCGGCUCCCAACAGCAGUUCAACAACUCCAAUCUGUCCCUCAACGUGGGACCGGGCUACAUCUCGCAACAGCAUCAUCCACACUAUCCGCCGCCGGUGUUCAUGACCCAGCGCGGAAUGAUGCCCAAUGUGUAUCCAGGCGCACCCGGCUAUCCCAUGAUGCAUCCAGGCGUCAUGGGAAUGCCGCCUUCAGCUGCCUCCAGAGCUGCAUCCCGUUCGCGGUACGCUGCAUCACCAACACCCAGUCGCAAGUCGAUGUCCUUGCGUCGCAAGCGCAACAGCUACGUGGAUGACGAGCUUACGGAUGACGAGGACUCCGACCAGGAUGACCGCAGAUCCCUGGUGUCCAAUCGCUCUGGCAUGACCAGUGCCUCGCGCUCCCAGCACCACCAAACCCACCACCAGCCCCGCCAAAGGCGUCUGUCCAGUGCCUCCCAGCUCAUAGCCAGCGAUGAAUUGGACGGCGAUCAGAGGCACGGGAUGAGGCAGCACAAGAUGCGAGAUCGACGGGGCUCCAUUGCCAAGUCCGUGCAGAGCGAGUGGCUGCCGGAGCGACGGGAAAAUGAGGGCACCCUUACCAGAAACAAAACAGCAGUGGACGCGGCCAGAACCAGUCGCAUUUACUCCGACCUGGAGUCCGAGGGAUCGGGUGCUCGGGCCCUGGUCCAAGCCAAGAUCCAGCAGAAGCUCCAAGAAGCCGAUCAGCACAAGUCCUCAAAGAAGGCUGAGCAGAAACGCAAGCCGGAGAUGAAGGACGAGAACACACAGGCUGCAGCGGUGGUGCAAAAAGUGGUGACACCAGCCCAUGAGGAGAGUGCCUCGGAAUACGAGGAAGUGGUCGAAGAGGUAACCGCCUCGGAGAGUGAGGCUGAGGCUGAAACAGCACCCGAUCCCCAGGCAGUUCCGGACGAGAUUGGAGCUGAUGAUCUCGGUCCACCACCUUCCACCCCAGACCACGAAUGGGAGUGCGAGUUCUGCACGUUCGUGAACGAGCCCAACAUUAAGAUCUGCUCCAUAUGCUGCAAAACGCCCAGCAGACCUCCAGUGCCGCCCAACAAGGCCAAGAAGGUUGAGGAAAAACCACAGCCGCCAGCUGAAAAGUCAAGUAAUAUCAAAGCGUCCUCCAAGCCGGAAGCCAGGCAAUCGCAAAAGCCUAUUACAAAGAGCCAACCACCCAGUCAGAAACCCGUUGCUGCGUCUGCGAAGACCACUCAUACCACCUCCACAUCUAGCUCCAAGUCGCCAACUGUAAACUCCAAGAGCACUUCCAGUAUUCCCGUCAAGACACCAUCGAAGUCCACACUGAAAACUGCGUCGGAAAACGAGUCCGAUAACUCGCUGGCCAAGAGUCUUCUGCACAAAGAGUCCGUAGAAAACAUUUGGAAUACUCUGGAUGAGAGCAUUCAGGCGCAGGCGGAGCAGGUACUCAAGAAGGCGCAAAAGGUCUCCACGGGCUGUGGUGGGACUCCUCCCAGGGAAACCGCGGCCGUGGAAACGGGAACCUCGCCGCCUCCUCAGAGCAUUUCCACGCAGACCUACGACGCCCUGCCCUUCAACUCAAAGCAGGAGGAAAUCCCCACCGUUGUUCCUGACCGCUUCACGACUCCAGAACCAAAUAAGAUGGAGCGGCGUCCGCACUAUCGCAGCAACUCGCAGCUGCAGCAAGAGAACGAGCGAUAUCGGAGUGCCAAUGACCUGAGGUAUCACGACGGCUUUGGAUUGGAUCCCUACAGUGCCGGCCUGGUCACCAAAAGACCCAAUUUCAUAAACGAGCUCCGCAUGCUGCAACUUCAAGUAUCUUCACCUUUCGAUAUGCCCCAUGAGACAUUCGGAGUCAAGCACGAACCUGCCAGAGACCCGGAAACGGAAAUGCACAUCAUACUGAAAGAACUGGAGCUGUACAAGUUCACGGUGGAGGAACUGGAGGCUGCCCUGAAGUACUGCUCCCCGGACACUCAUCCGAUUCAGUGGCUGCGCGAGAACUGGCACAAGCUGGUGCAGACCGUGCAGAGUUUGUCCACCAAGUACGGCCAGGAGAGGGGCGAAAACACGAUCGGAACCGUGUCCCAAAACGAGGCCCGCGAGGCGCUGCGCAAUUCGGGGGGAAAUGUGUGGCAGGCGGUGGCGGACUGCAUCCAACAAAGGCAGCAGAAGUACAGGAAACUGGCGGCCAAGGGGAACUUCCUGCGGGACGACAUCGUGAACGCGCUGACGGCGCACCAAGGUAAUGUGGAGCAGGCGCUGGUGGAGCUGAAUCGCACGCAACUCAAGCCAUUUCUAAUGCGCAUCUGGGGCUCGCCGAAUGGCGUUGAGAAUGAGAGUGGCGCGGCCAUAGACACCAAGUCGGAUAUCCAUGACUUUUUGAACACUCACGCUUUGGAAUGUCUGCAGCCCCCGCUGGCUGGACAGAGUCCUAGUCCCGCCCAAGCCAAUCCAUUCGACCAGCCUCGCACGGACGACAGCCCUGUCAAGUCCACCUAUGCCACACCUAGUCCCUAUCAGCUGGAGGACAGCACCCUGAAGAACCUGGAGAUACUCAUUGGCAACAUGGAGCAGAACCAGGCCAAGCAGAACCAGGAGGUUCUGCGAUCCAUAGAGACCAUGCUGGACACAUUCAAGGGCAAGCCGGAUCUGGAGUACGAAACGGAUCCAGAGAUAAUGCGUAUCCUUACCAAGAGCCCCAUUAGCACGUUGAAACCAUCGGGGCCUGCGGAGGAUAAGUCCGCCGAAGAUGUGAAGAACUUUGUCUGGCAACACAUUCAGGAAAUUGUGCCCAACCUGGUGCAACAGGUCGAGCAAGAGCUCAUGGAGAAGCCGGAAGAGGUACCUACUAUUGAGGUGGAACAACCAAAGGAGCCUCAGCCUCAGCCUCAACUCGAGCCUGAACCCGAGCCCACACCGAGUGUCGAUCCAGCUGUCUUCAUCAUGGAGGAAGUUAUCAAGCCCAAUUUAAGGGAAGCAAGCAUACGUGAAGAGGUGCAGCCCGGUUUUAUCUAUGCCACCGAAAUAGCCAACUUCAAGUUGGAGUUUGAUCGCGGCACCGAGCGAUUUCACGAGACGGAAUGGGAAAGCAGCGAUCUUACGGAUGCAGAACGCAUUGUGUACAAAUGCUAUAUGGCUCCAGAAGAGGAAUCUAACCAGAAAGUAGAACAGGUAGCUGUUGAAAGUGCAGUAACUUUGCUUCCAGCUGCCAAAACGCAAGAAGAAUCCGCUCCAGAAAUGCCCGGUUUGGCGGCUGGAAAUACAGAAGUAGAACCAUCAAAACCAGAAACACCAACAAGAAAAGAGACCGUUGAUGAGCAACUGGACCAGCCUGGAAACCAAGAAACACCACUAAUAACUACAGAUGAGAUAAUUAUUGUUGCAGUUCCACAGUCAGCUGAAAGUGAUAGACCAAAACCAAUAGAAAGUAAUUUGCGAAUUGGGCAAAAUGUGCCAGAAGUACAAGCCCUGUCUGAUGACCAGCCAAGCACAAGUAGAGAAGCCAACCGAAGAGGUAGGAGGUCCCAGCAAUCAAAAAAAGGAAGAUCCCGCGAGCAAAGCCAAAAGCCAACGAAUCGCAAAAAGCUACCGAACCAUAUCGAUCAGAAAGAAAGUGAGUCAAAAACAGCAGCCAUCACGGAUCUGAGUGCUGCUUCAAGUAAUAUCCAGUCAGUUGUAUCUGCAUCCGAUCCUGAAACUCGCACACCCCAUAAAAUAAUAUCUGAAAGGACAGAUAGCAAGUCUUUGGACCCACCCCCUUCGAAUCAGAGUUUGGGUCAUAUUAUUGAAAACGAGCCUUCCAUGGAAAAAAUCGAUAUUGUAACGGAAAGUAUACCAACACAAAAUGCGGCGGAUUUUGUAUCGGAUCAACCCAAUGAAGUUUUAGAAAUUCCGGUUAUGGGAAACGCGGAGAAAGUAUAUGAACCCACUGCAAAUCCAAUCGAAGAAACUACAUCCUUACCAAACAGUACGAUUAUUUCAGAACAAGCUGAAGAGCCUGAAGAACCAGAAAAACCUGACGAAGUAUCUGAAACAACAGACGCAAUUCAAAACCCUCGAGAAGAAUCAAGCAUUGAAAUUGUCAGCCCUCCAAGCGAGGAACAAUCUGAAUCUCUAAAAGCACAGGAAGAUAAUGUAGAAGAAACAUUAGCCAUCACAUCUCCACCAACCACAGACGUAACCCCAUUUGCAGAAAACGACAUAACGCCUAGUACCUCAUCAAUAUCUAACGAACAGAAGCAAAGUCCUAAGCGUAUUUCAAAGAUACCCGUAAGAACCCUGAGCAGCAACAGUCUGCGCAGUGAGAGUCGGGCCAGCAAUCGGACUCCAACGGUCAGUGAUGAGAUCGAAAGGGAAGAUGCGCCCCUUGCGGAAACAGUCAGUGCUCCAAAACCAGGAGAGCUAACCGACAACAGGGAUGUUCCUCUCGUCAGCCAAGCAGACCAGUCCGAAAAGGAUACUAGCAUUGUCGAAGAAUCUGCAGGCAAGAGUCUUGGCUUAGAGCUGGAGGAACAUAAUCCGCAUGCAACUGCUAUAGCAGUCACUCCCACAGACUCGGAGGAAGUAUUCGAAGAUGCUCCUGAAUUCAGCGGUAGCGAUGGAACGAGACCCCCUGAUGAAACCGCUUCCGAUGCAGAACUUUAUAGUCUUGAUAGCGAUGAGCAGCGGGCUGAAACCAAAUCCCCAGAGAACGAAGUGAUCCUGCUGCUGGACGAGGAAUCCCAGCUGGAAUCUUCGAUAGCCAAGUCCGAAAGCAACGCAAGCCUUGAUUCCCAGUCAAGUGAAUCAGAAACGUCCAAGGUUGUGCUCAAGGAAUUUGUUCCCUCUGGAGAUCCGGCCAAACAGAACCUCAGCGAACUGGUCGAGGACACUCAACGUUUGAUCAAGCAGAUGCGCGAUGAGAUCAGCAUGGAUGAGUUCGAGUCCACCGAUGAGGACGAAUACUCCGAUGAAUACUCCGAUGAGUACGACGAAGGAGAAGAAGAGGAGUGGUACGACAGCGAGGGAGAAGAAGAGGGAGACUUCGAUGGGGAGGAGGGCAAUACCUAUAACGAGCACGCAUCUUACAUCGAGGAGGCCUCCACUGGCGACGAAGGCACCGAAAUUGAGGACAUAAUGGAGGAGGACGAGGAUCAGGCUAAUGAGGACGAGCCGCAGCCCGCACAAAUACCACUAGACAUUGAACCAGUCAUAUCGCCUGCUCUAUCAGUCACGCCCACCAACCAAGAAACUGAAACGAUCGCACCCACUGAGGUUGUUUCCUCCACAGGAACGAGCCUGGAGGCAGAGUUGCUGAAUCCUGAAGGGGGAUCCACUUUGCCCUCACAGAUUGUUCAGGAGGAUAUCAAGGUGGAAGCUCUUCCCAUUCAGUCACCUCCCAUCAUAGCUGACUCGGAAACUCGACCUGCAGAGCAACCAGUUGAGCUGGUGCUAGAAAUCCCUUCAGAAGCUGUGCAUCCUGCCGUUGAAUCUGAUGGCCUUGAAGAAGCCACUGCCCUGCCGAUAACACCUGCACCACCCAUUGCUGGUUCCGAAUCGCGACCUGUGGAGCCGCCUGUCGAAACAGUACUGGAAGAACCCAAAAAGGUAACCCCGAGCAUUAAAAACAAGACUGCACACAGUGGGACUGCCGCCAAAGGUGCCUCCACGUCAAGUACGACUAAAACAAACAAGUCCACAGUCAGUAAGAUUCCCAAGCCCACCAAUGAACCCACUAACAAAUCGAAUAGCGUACCCUUGAACAAGAAGGUUCCGCUGCGCUCCAAGUCCUUCUCGGCUCCCAUGGGCAUUUCGUCCGUGCCGCUCAAGAGCAGUCCCAUUACCAAGAAGUCCAUCAACGACGCCAUCAGCAGGUUUAACUCCAAUCAGGCCGAUGGUCCCAGCACCAGUGGAGCAGCGGCGGCGGCUGCAGCGGCAUUGUUGAAGCCUCGAUCCCAGCCCAGAAUCCCCAAGAAGAAGUACCACGAGACCUGCUUCUCUGACGACGACUACGAGACCUCGGCCACGGAGGAGGAGCCGGAGGAGCCCAACAUGGCCGAACCCCAGAAAGCAGAGCAGCUGAAGCGUAAGAUGAGUAUGCCCGUUUUCCGGGCAUAUCCUAGUGUUCAAGAGCCGGUUAUCGAGGACCCAGCGAUCCUUGCCCGCAAGUACGUCGAGCAGGAGCUGGUGACCAAUAUCGCUGAGGCCCAGAUAGCCGCCACCUUGGUGAGCAUGAAGUUCUCGGAGGACGUGGCCUUGUGGGCGGCCCGGGAGUGCUCAGAUCUGGACCAGGCCAUUUCCAUGCUCCAGCAGGAAUGCGAGCUCUGCAUGAACAGCUAUCCCAUGAAUCAGAUGGUGUCCAUGCUCAAGUGUCUUCACAAGUGCUGCAAGCAGUGUGCCAAGAGCUACUUUACAGUUCAGAUAACCGAUCGCAGUAUCAACGAUUGCAGUUGCCCGUUCUGCAAGCUGCCCGAGUUGAGCAAUGAGGCUCAGCACGAGGAUGAGCACCUCGAGUACUUCUCCAACCUGGACAUCUUCCUGAAGAGCAUCCUGGACAACGACGUGCACGAACUGUUCCAGCGCAAGUUGCGCGACCGAUCGCUGCUGCAGGACCCCAACUUCAAGUGGUGCAUCCAGUGCUCCUCCGGCUUCUUCGCCCGGCCCAAGCAGAAGCGGCUGAUCUGUCCGGACUGUGGAUCCGUCACCUGCGCCCAGUGCCGCAAGCCCUGGGAGCGCCAGCACGAGGGCAGCAGCUGCGAGGCUUACCUGGAGUGGAAGCGCGAAAACGACCCCGAGCUGCAGGCCCAGGGUGUCCAGGAGCACUUGGCGCAGAACGGCAUCGACUGUCCCAAGUGCAAGUUCCGGUACUCGCUGGCCAGGGGCGGAUGCAUGCAUUUCACCUGCACCCAGUGCAAAUUUGAGUUCUGCUACGGAUGCGCCCGGCCCUUCAUGAUGGGCGCCAAGUGCACGGUGUCCAUGUACUGCGCCAAGCUCGGCCUGCAUGCCCAUCAUCCGCGCAACUGCCUGUUCUACCUGAGAGACAAGAUCCCCAUGCAGCUGCAGUUCCUGCUCAAGGAGCAGAAGGUCAAGUUCGACACGGAGCCCGUACAGCUCAAGGACGAGUCCAGCAGUUCGUCCAAGGCUCGUGCCCAGGCGCGCUGUCCCAUCCCGCUGCAAAAGGAGACGCCACAAGGACUUGUCGAUACAGUGUGCAACACCGAAGUUCCGGACAAGCACGCUGGCAUGUGUCGCACACACUACGUAGAGUAUUUGGCCGGCAAGGUUGCCAAGGCUGGCAUCGAUCCACUGCCCAUCUUCGAUUUGACGGACUGCGUCCAGGAGCUUCGGAGGCGGGGCAUCGCUCUGCCGGAGCGAGGACCCUGGGAUACCGAUGAGAUCUACAAGAAUAUGUGCUCCGAGGUAAUCAAACAGCAUAUACCACUGAAAUCGGCAUGAGCAACUGAUGUUCUGGAAGCAGACGACUGCUGCAAUUCUUCACCAAUAUCUCUGAUUUAUGCCGGCACUUUUAUAGACAUUUUUAUACACCUACCCACUCGCGAAACAAACUAGUGCUAGAUAGUUCGUUAGACAGUAGACAUGGCAUGUAUACACGUUCAUUGUACUCCCACUCAUCGUUCAUCCAUCCAGAAACCCUUCCCAUUUUGUUUAGUUACUAAGAGAUGGAAACAACAAACCGAAAAUCCGCACGUGUAAUUGAGUGCAUCCAAUAAACGGCAUCACGUAUGUGAAAAUCCAAUCCAA